GAAGCAUUUGUGUUAUUGAUUUUUCAAUUCGUGGCAUGCGUCGCUGAGAAUCCCCUCAAAGGCGCCCAAGUGUUUCGCUAUAAGCGGCGAGUGAGAACUUGAAAGGCUGACAAAAUGAUGAUAAGUGUAACUCUGCACCAUCCAUCAGCCAAGCCUCAAUUUUCUCGUUAUUGUAAUGACAUUUCAUCAUAAUUUACCCAAUUACCAAUAGUUUGAUUCAAUUUGUCUUCUCUCUUGGACUAAAUCCUUUUAGAAAUAAGAUACACAAGUAUUAUCCUAAUUUUACAAGGUUUCAAUUUCUCUGUCAAUGCUUUCUUGUUUUUAAUUUUGUUGUGGUAUGCUGCUCUAGCCUUUUCUCCAAUUUUCAUUUAAGUUCUUUCCUGUAAACACCCAAACUAAAAGACUCGGUUUUCUUUAAAAAAUCAAAGUUAGCAAAUUUGUUUACCAUGUCAGUCGAUUUUAAAGAAUUUCUAAAGAAUUUUUAAAGAAUUUCUAUUUUCAUUAGAGGGAGGUAUUUGCACUAGGAAAGGGGGAAAAGGUGACAGGGUGGUUUACAAAACUCAGGCUUACAAAAAAUAAAUAAAACAAAAAUAACAGAUUAAAAACCUCACCAGUGUACAAGAAUGAAAAAAUAACCGAAUUUAUAGCGUUCAAAAGGUAACGUGGAUAAUGCUCAAGUGGAAGAAUUGUUUUAGUUUUAAAGCCGUGUUGAAAUUUGAUUUUUUCUUCCUAUUUUAUUUGACUCAAUGAAGGAAAAAAAUGGUUAGAUUUAAUUUCAAACGUUAAAUGUAUUGUUCUUCCUUGAAGUAUUAUUGAAACUUGAGUUAUUUUCAUUGCCUCGCUUAUUGAAAGUUUUAUCUGUUUUAUGUGUCGCUUCUGUUCUCUUCGUCUGACGGCCAUCAUUGUAAGCACCCUGUGUUUAAGCGGCUCUAACAAGCAAAGAAAACCCAAUUUCUCUUAUUGACACAAAAUAUCCAGUUCGUUUUAAUCCAGAGUGAGAUUAUUCCUUUUAUUUGAAGAGCAUUUCAGCAAGGGUUCGUUAGCUAAUUAUUGGAAGAACUCCGCUAAUAAGCCAUCUUCUAUCACACGUAAUUAGCUGACUUUUAUAUGAAUCUCCCGGCAACAAAUGGGCUAUUUAGCGAAGGUGCCUCUCGAGCGCGUUGGCUCGUGUCGCACAUUAAACACAUACCAAUGGGCAGCGAGAGAGUUAACCAAAUUAGGGGAAAUCAGCGGGUUAGGGACGAGAAAUUCUACCAAAAGUCAUUAAUCACAAAUCAAGGGUUUACCCCCUGUAGCGUGUGAUCAAGACAAAGAGUAGACGAAUCUGCGCGGGCUGGCUAAUCGCCAUGAUCUUGUGCGUCCACGCUCUAUCUGUCCUGACAAUCUCUAGUGGUAGCUACCUGCUUACAGCGCCAGUUUAAGAUGCUUUUAGAAACAUCACAAUGUUAACUUUUUCUAUUAAAAAACGCGUUGUAACUCAAUAAACCGGCCUGACUACGCAUGCGCAUUAACGCCAGCCUUUGCACCUGCUUAUUCUAAUGGUCGUUCUCUCAAUGGUCAGGGCUUCAUCUGGCGUAAUGGAAUUCGCUUCACUUUUGAACUCCCAGAGAAAAUUGCCUUUGUUAAAGAUUUAUCAUACCCAGAAGUAAUUUCCCUCAAGCUUUCACAGUAAACUCUUCUAAACAAAGGCCACAAUAGAAGAAGUUAAGCCAACAAUUUUAAUCCAUUUGUUAAAGAGUUGUACGUUUGCUAAAGCAAUGUAGCGAGUUUUUGUUUUCAAUAAAAAGAGUUCAUCCAUAAGAGAUUCAUACAUAUUCAGGUCUUUGCAUAGUAUUAUGAUUACUAGCGCCGUGAGUUGAUUAUGCCUAAUCUGAGGUUCGUACGAUAGCAACCGAAAGGACUGGCUUAACUAGUCGUUUUUCAAGGCAUGUGUCGUGGAUAUGUAGUAUCUAACGUGUAUGGGUUGUGUUUUUUCGUCGAGCUGAUGGUCGCGGGGCUAAGAUAGUAAUGGACUCUGCGCGUUUUUUUUUUGCGCGACGCGUGAAACGGCUGCCAUUAGUGUCCUUACUCUGGUAAUCAUAAGAAGACAUAACAAUUAAGAUAGAUGGGAAAAUUAAAUAAGUCAUUUGCUGUGGAUUGGAGCUGAGGAGAGCCAGAUGAUGUCACCAUAAACUAGGACCUGCCAUCGUCGAGAUCUCAUUCGCGCCCUGCAUUCCGAUGCACAACAGCCAGCUCGCCCUACUCGACUAGAGAAGUAAUACGCGUCUUACAAGGCACUCUUCACAAAGGCACGCUUCACAUUCAUCUUAAAAUGGCAGAGACAGAGAGAACGGGUUCACCCGACGGGAAUCCAAAGCAAUUCAAGGACAAUCGUGAGACUCUCGACUCCCGCGUUACUCAUUAUUUGAGCAGCCGAGAUUCCUCCGAGUCUAGGCCGACUUCUCGUCGAUCGCCUCCACCGCUCGUGUCGGUAGAGACGACAAGGAAAGAUUCCUUAAUUGGGCUUCAACGACUUGUGUACGGGACACCAAUUUUCACCGCUUCGACGCGAGUGCUUCGCGAAGAGAACCAAUCUGCUGAAGAUGAUGGGCUUGACGCGAAAUCAGUCCACAGGAUGACGCGGUCGCCACUUAUAGAGCAUGCACACAGACGUGUACCCAGCCCUAGGCCCAAACGAAGCCGAACGUCUUUCACGCCUGCGCAGCUAGACCGCCUGGAGGACGAGUUCCGGGUUGACAUGUAUGUGGUGGGACUUAAAAGAAUGAAACUAGCUAACGACUUGAACCUGAGUGAGCGACAAGUCAAAGUGUGGUUCCAAAAUCGACGAAUGAAGUACAAGCGAGAGAGAGCGAAAGGGCGCUCAUCUAUGGACUCUAAAUAAUAGAUGCAAAUGAAGUACAAGCGAGAGAGAGCCUUAGUGCGCGCACCUAUGCACUCUUAAAUGAUAGAUGCGAAUGAUGUACGAGCGAGAGAUUGGUGCGCGCACCUAUGCACUCUUAAAUGAUAGAUGCGAAUGAUGUACGAGCGAGAGAUUGGUGCGCACACCAAUGGCCUCAAAGCUAUUGGAAUAUGAGUGAACAAAGCCUGGUCUCUGACAUCCUCGGGAAUCAAGGGAUUCUUUUGUCUUACUGUUUUACUAGCAAAACCCCUGGGUUACCGAAAUUGGUCUCCCGUAUGUAUAGUUACUAAAAUAAUCCUUACUUCAAGAACGCGUAAUUGUCAACAUUCAGUGUUUGUAUGGAAAAAAAGGUAGCUUUACUGCUUAUAAUUCAACAAAAGAAGAAAGGCAUCCUUCUCUAACCUAUAAACAAGCGAUAUAAGUAUAAUAUAUAGUAAUUAUUUCUCUACCCAUUUUUUAAAAAUAAAUUCACAUGGCUGUGAAAGCUUUCGUUGGGUGUAGCCUAUAACUGGGCCCACAGAGGAAAAUAUUGCCAACUCGGCCAGUCUAGCAUAUUCGUCUAAUAAUGCACACUCACUUAACCCCUUCAUCUGUUAACGUUUUAAUGUGCCCGUCUCUGUUAUCCAGUUCUAGACCAUUCUCCUCCCAGCAUUCGCCCCAUUCACCAGCAUCUCGUCCUCGUUUCUCGCCUGCCUUUGCACCUUCCAAGUACGUUUGCCUGCUUGACUCGUUGCUUGCUUGGCUCGUUACUCACUUGACUCGUUACCUACUUGACUCGUUGCCUGCUUGACUCGUUGCUCACUUGACUCGUUGUUCUCUUGACUUGUUGAUUCGUUGCCUGCUUGACUCGUUACUCACUUGACUCGUUACCUACUUGACUCGUUGCCUGCUUGACUCUUUGCUCGCUUGACUCGUUGUUCACUUGGCUCGUAGCCUACUUGACUCGUUGUUCGUACGAAGCACACGCUUCUUGACUUGUCCGAACUUUCGCGGGUUGUUCACGGUUUGUUGGACUUUGAUCACGUAAAACGCACGUGACUUAAUUCCAGCGCCGAAAGGGUUAAUCUGUGAUAAACCCCUGUCGCAAUUUGUAAUAACCAAUGCUGUCACAAUUUGUAAUAAGCCCACGUCGCGAAUUGUAAUAACUUAUGAAACAGGAGAUGCUUGCGAGGGGCUGUGAAUAAGCAUAAUUGAUAAUAUUUGCAUAAUCUUUGAUAUUUUUCUUGGAUGAUUUUUGUUAGGGCCCGUUUGCACUAUGUGCAGAUUGUCUAUUAUGUGUUUGACAAAAUUUGGGAGAUCGUAAAAUUUUGUCAACACGGAAUGUGGUUAUCGCGUUUGAACUACCAACCGUUGUUCGUUUGACACUCAAAUCAUUAGGGAGUAGUUUGAUCGCACGUAUUUUGGAUGUCGCCAUUAGAUAUUUUAGGGGUAGGGUUCACAUUUUAUUGCUUGCACGAUUUGUUUUUCACACGGAGCAGCUGUGUUAGAUUUUUUAGACUAAUGUUGUUUUCGUUACUUUACUUUAUAAUUUUCAUUGUUUUAAAUCGUUCAUCCGAUUUUUUGUGGGUAUUUAUUAGUUAUUACAAAUUGCGACAGCUUUGAUUAUUACAAAUUGCGUCAAGUUUAUUACACAUUGCGACGGUAAUUACAAAUUACGGCAAGUUUAUUACAAAUUGCGGCAGGUAUUACAAAUUGCGACUCUACACACGUUGCCUUGUUGAUUCGUUGCCUGCUUGACUCGUUGCUUUUUUGACUCGUUGCCUACUUGACUCGUUGCUUGCUUGCCUUUUUACCUGCAUGACUUGUUGCCUACUUGACUCGUUGCUUGCUUGACUUGUUGCCUGCAUGACUCGUUGCUUACUUGACUCAUUGCCUUAAUGACUCGUUUCCUGCUUGACCCGUUGCCUUCUUGAAUCGUUGCCUAAAUGACUCGUUGCUUACUUGACCCGUUGGGUAUCCAGUCAAUUCGUCCACAAACCGAUUCGUCCACAAGUUGAGUACACACGUCCACAAGUUGAGUCAAUUCGUCCACAAAAAUAUAUUCAAUUCGUCCACACAUAGUUUUAACAAAAAAUUAGUCUGGUAGCAUAAGUGUUUCAUAGAAAAACGUUUAACUGAAAAGAGAGUAUUUUUAGAACUUCAGAUUUACAGUUAUUCGGAACACCAAUUUGACAUAAAACAUUGCAUUAAAACGAACCCUUACGAACCCCUACGAAAUUUUGCUGACUCAACUUGUGGACGAGUUGGUUGUGGACGAAUCGGUUGCCUGUAUGACUCGUUGCUCACUUGACUCGUUUCUUGCUUGACCCGUUGCCUGUUUGACUCAUUGUCUGCCUGAAUAGGUCCACGGCUAUAUCUGACUCCUUGCCUGCUACUAAAUAUUGUGUACAGUGUAAAGAUCUUGAAUAAAGAAUGAAUAGCA